AAAUAGUAAACUAAACACUAAGUCACGGGUUAUUAUCAUAUUAUUUACAACAGUUAAGGACUCAGGAAAAACUUGAAGACAUAUAUUAAAAUAUCACCAAACAAUUGAUCCCUAAAAAAAUUGAUAGUUAUUGUUGUCGACGAUCGUCAAGACUGGUAAUAUCGGGUCUGUAACUGUCGUCAUAACCAACUGUUACCAAAUGGCCGGUUACGACAAAUCUAUUUUUGUAUCGUUGCCGCUGACCAUCGAGGAAGAGCUGACAUGCGCCAUUUGUCUGAAUAUAUUACGCGAUCCGAUGACCACACCGUGUUGUCGGCACUCGUACUGUCGCCAAUGUAUACUAAGAUCGUUGGAAAUGUCGUCCAAUCCGCGGACGUGUCCGAAUGAUCGGCAAAAAUUGUUAUCCAAAGAUCUGAUUGUUGCGUCCCGUGUUAUAACCAAUAUACUCGAUAAGCAAGAAGUUUACUGUGAUUUCAAAUCGAUUGGUUGUCCACAGACUGUCCAAUUGGCACAACUGGCCAAACAUGUGAUAGAGUGUUCAUUUGAUCCAAACAAAGUGCCCCACAAGUGUACACAAUUGUUGGCAAAUGUUAGCAAUAGUGUCGAUAAACUUAAGGAUAAAAUCAGACGCCAAGAGUACGAACAUCUAAGAAAACAGGUUAAGGCCUGUCAACAUCAGGUGAAACUGAUGGCCGCUCAGGGAUUGAAACAAUUAGUUUAUGUCGAUCCAGACAGUGAUGUUUUCAAAAAGAAAGUACUGGAAUCGGCUAAGACUAAUGUCGAAAACUGUGUCGAAAUUGAAUGCAAUGCCGAAAAAGGUAUUAAGAAAAAUGUGAUCAAAAAGUGUAAGGAAGCCAUCCGUCAGAGCAAUGAUUAUAACCAAAUCGGACAGUAUUUGGUCGACUGUCUGAACACUGGUGACUACGGUUGGAGUAUUUAUGUUGCGCCGAAACAGUCGUCAGCGUUUCAUGCGGUAACUAAUUUUGUCGAUAAAAUUAGCUUACAUUUUGGCGAUCUGGCCGUACUAGUGGUCAGCCAUCAGAUUGCCGAUUAUGAUGAAGACGACGACGAUGAUGAUGGCGAUGAAGACUUUGGCCUCAAUCACUACUAUGAUUAUUCGGAUCCGUUAGAAGAUGAUGAUGACGAUGACGACGACGAUGAUGAUGAUGAUGACGGUGUGGAUGCAUAUGUGGGCGGAUAUUGACAGUUACUUAAAGGUCUCUAAAAAAAAAAAUUUUUUAAUUGUUUGUAUCAAUAAUAUCAAUAAUAAUAGUAAAUAUUUAUCAAAUUUAUAAUCAAAUAAUUAUCAACAAAAAAAAAAGAAAAGUUUUUGUAUUAUACAGUAUAA